ACCUUGGCAUUUUGCGUUGUUUGUUGAUUGUUUUUACUUGUAGGCUUGUAUUUGAUUUAAUUUGUAUUUUCAUACACUCUUUAUCGUUAACAGUAUGUCGGUUGGGUCGGUUGAGGGGGCAAAUGACCCUGCAAAUUACCGAAUGGAUUUAAGAGCUCACGUUUUUCGUGUAGCUGAAGAAAACGGUAUAAGUAACACCGAAGGCUCCGAAUACGACCACUACAAAUUAAUAAAACUGGUCCGAAAAUUUCCAAGUCUCUAUAAUCCCAAGAACCGCGUGUACAAAUACAAUAAAGAAUGUCAAGAUUAUAUUUGGGAAGCCAUAGCAGAGGUCCUUGGGUUAAACAAAUCAGAUGCAAUUACAAAAUGGAAAAGUUUGAAAGGGACAUUUAGAAAAUACCAAUAUAAUUUACGGGGAGGAACAAGCAAUGACGGUUCAGCUUACGAUGAUAAUAUAUUGAAUGCGUUAACAUUUUUGGAAGAUUUUCCAGUCGAACAGGAAGAUGCAGGCUCUGACAGUGGUCGUGCAUUUUUACGAUUACAGUAUGAUACUGAGAGCGAAGACGAUGAUGAAACCUUUGAAACCGAUUAUUUUUAUCGAUUAACCGAUUCGUCAUUUAGUGAGAUGUCUCCCGAAGAGCAGUUUAAUUCUUUAAUAUCAUCAAAUAGUCCUGAUGUUUUAAAGUUCUUGCUAAGUAGUGAUGAUAUAGUAUUUGCCCAAUAUGUGGCUUAUAAAGUUAGUCAGAUUGAAUGUCCAAUAAGGAGACGCGAAAUAAAAGAAGAAAUUUUCAAUAUAUUAUAUCAAGCACUUGCAGAAGAAUAACGUCAAAUAAGAAUGUAUUAACGCAAAAUGUCUGCUUUGAAAUAAAAAUAGUUUGUAGGUCA